AUGCUAUUAUCUUCACCCGAGUGCAUCACGUGGUUUGCUGUAUUCCUUGCCGUGUGUGUUGCCAUAGUAACAGUGAACCUUAUAUCAAUCAUUCUUUUUAUAAAAAACCGCAGUCUUCGCACUCGUGCCAUGUACCUUGUUAUAAACCUGACCUUAGCUAAUAUGUUUGUUGGAGGAUUUUCUCACUUUUUUCCAUUUCGAGUCCUCUCACUAUACAAGGCAUGCGACUUUGUAAAAAUGAACUUAAGCCAGGAACUGAAUGUGAUAACUGAUUUUCUCUUCCUCUGGUUUCCUCUGACCUCUCUAACAAACAUUGCAGUCAUUUCAUUAGAUCGGAUGCAUGCAACAAUUCGUCCCUUCAGGCAUCGCCUCAUCAAAAAGUGGGUCUACGGGGUAACAAUUGCUGGUGUCUGGGUUUUAGCUGCAAUGGUAUCAACUGCUUCUGUAAUACUUGUCCUAUAUGGGAAGAAAGUAUGGUAUUAUCUUUACUUAUGGCAAUCAUACUGUUGUUUGUGUCUAUUUGUUAUCUGUGUUUCUUACUCUUCCAUUGUUGUUAAAUUUUUGUGUGGAGCGCAUCCCCAGCACCAAGGUGCAGCCAACAGACAAAGGAAACUGACCGUAACAUUAUUCAUAAUGACAAUCGUAUCCUUACUGAUGUGGCUACCACAUGCUGCUUAUAUUUUUGUUUCAUAUCAAUCUAGUGUUAGGAAAUUCCUUCCUUUUAAGGAAUUAGACAAAGUACGUUUGGAGUUUUCUUUAAAAAUUCUUUAUUUCAUGAACUCGCUCGUUAAUCCCAUCGUUUACACAAUCAGAAUUCCAGAGUUCAGGAAAGCUCUCCUGCUGUUAUUUAAUCGUCAACGAAGACAAAAUGCCCGAGAGAUUCCUCUUCAUGCGCUUUAA